AUGUGGGAUACCGCUCGAUCUCGCUUUGGCAUGGCGUUUACAUUUUCUACCCCGAAUUUUUCAUCAUGUUCACGUAUCUUUCCAAACAGCUACCAACAUUGUGUUCAAUUUUUUCUACGUCCCUCAGUUUAUGCCGGGCAAGCAGAAGAGUGGAUUCGCACCUGCCCCAAGUCGAAACUUGACACAUAUCGGGCCAUUGUGAUCGUCUCCGGUGACGGUCUCGUUAAUGAAAUUGUCAAUGGCCUAGCUUCUCGCCAACAAUGUGAUACUGACCUCAGCAACCCAUUAUUCAUACCGAUCGGUAUCAUACCCGCUGGUGGCGGAAAUGCCACCGCAGCAGCGGUGUGCUACCAUUCCGGCCUGUCGUUUCGUCAAAUACGCCUACUUCACUCCGCAUACAUUUUGUGUCAUCCUGAGCCUACGGAAGCACCAUCCCAAGACCAGAAGAAUGAUCUGGGGCUGCGCCAGAUUCACCAAAUCUACCACCCACUAGACUGCAUCGCCUUUGAAUUGCUGAGACAUUCAAAUCUGAGACGUUACGGCAUCCUGUCUGUGAUCUGGGGUGGUCUGGCUGAGAUCGAUGUCCGCAGUGAGCGAUUCCGCUGGCUUGGUAGCUCAAGAUUUGCCUUCGCUGGUAUUUAUUCAUUCAUCGGUAAGGAUUCCGUGCUUUGUUCAUUUUUAAUUUGGAUGGUGAAGCUAAAUCAGUCUCAUGACUGA